AUGAAGAUCAUCAUCGUCGGCGCAGGGAUCGGCGGCCUGUCUGCGGCAUUGGCCCUGGCGCUCGAGAAACACAGCGUGACGGUGCUCGAGUCGGCGCCGCAGCUGGCCGAGAUCGGGGCGGGCGUGCAACUGACGCCGGACGCCAUCAAGUUCUUCUUCCGCUGGGGCCUGCGGGACGACAUUGUGGCCAAGGCGGCCGUGCCAGGCACGUUCUUCAUCCACCACUGGAAGGACGGGCGGGUGCUGGGGAGCGUCGACGCCAGGGGUCUGGAGGGCGAGUACGGCGCGCCGUACGUGGUCGUGCACCGCGGGGUGUUGCAUGACAUCCUGCACCGGCACGCCGUCAGGGCCGGAGCCGAGGUGAGGGUCGAUUCGCGGGUGGUCGAGUACGAUUUUGAGCGCGGCGCCGUGGUCCUCAGAGGUGGACGGCGGAUCGAGGCCGAUUUGGUCGUUGCUUGUGACGGCAUAAAUUCCUUUGCGAGAACGCAGUUCCUCAAGGAACAAGACCGAGGUGCCCAGAAGACCGGUUGGGCUGCAUAUCGCACAAUGAUCGAUGUCUCGAGCAUCAAGGCAAACCCUUUGACGGCCGAUUUGGUCGAGCGACACAACAACCACCUAUGGAUCGGCGAAAACUGCUCAGCCAUGACCUACAUGAUCUACGAGUCGACGAAGCUGAACAUGGUCCUCUCACACCGGGACGACGUCGACACCACCACCUGGACGCCCGCGCAAUACCACGGCGUGAUCCAGUCCCUCUUCCGUGGGUGGGACGGCAAGCUCACGGCUCUUCUCGAUAUGGUGAGCCCGGAGACCAUCAACAACUGGCCCGUGUACCAGGUCGAACCGCUGCCCCGAUGGGUGUCCAAGUCCGGCAAGUUUGUGCUCAUGGGGGACGCGGCGCACGCCAUGGCGUUCUACCUCUCCAUGGGCAUCUCGAUGGCCGUGGAAGACGCGGUUGCCUUGGCUGAGUGUCUCUCGCUACUGGGGUCGGCGACCUCCUCCUCCUCCACCACCGAUCCCAACGACAACGACACAAAUGAACCGGGACGCAAACCAAAACCCUCCCUCUCCACUGCCAUAGGUCUCUUCGAAUCGGUCCGCAAACCGCGCGCCGAAGCCGUCCAGUCCGCCAGUCUCCACGCCGGGGAAAUCUUGCACCUCCCUCCCAGCACGGCGCAGGAGAAGAGGGACGCCUUGUUGCAGGCCGAUGGAAGAACAGACAGCAAAGACGAUAGGCAGUAUGUGUACGGGAUCGCAGAUCGAGAGACGAGGGAUUGGUGUUAUGGCUACGACGCCGCCUUGGGGACGCGAAGAGCGUGGGAGGAGCUCUUCGGGCCGGCGAACAGAGAGACUGGUAUUUAG